CCCCUUUUUGAUUAUUUUGAUGUCAUUCGGUCAAUCGGUCAGUCAGUCAGUUCAUUUAAUUUCGCGAGUGUCUUUUUCUUUUGUUUGUUUGUUUCUUAUUUUUCUUUUAUUUAAUUUUAUAACAAACUUAAUUAACAUCAAGUUCAUACUUGAUUUAUAGAGAUGAGUGAGUCAUGUGUGGAGACUCCAGAAGCGCCGGCCUGGUUGUCUAAAUUGGAGAGCCAGCGCGAAAAAUUGAGCAAAGCCCGACUUGGACACGACAGCGGCGCGGGAGCACCUUGUAAUUCUUGUGGUUCAUCAUGCCCGGGCUUAGACCUGCACUUCUGGCGCAAGGUUUGUCGCGCGUGCCACUGCAGCAAGGAUGUCCACGAUGUACAGGACGACGACCUCUCCGGCUGGGCACAAUUCGAACUGCUCGGCACUGCUCGCCCCAAGAAGUCUUCAAUGCCCCUGAUAAAAAUUCGUGGAGUGACAGAUAAACCUGUGAAACUCGACUGGGUACCUCCAAAUGCGUCCACAGAAUUGGUAUCAGAGUACAUGUCAUGCCUGGGCUCUCUGGCUCCGGUGUCGGGGUCAGCAGCAGCUCGCAAGCGACGCGCGCAGCUCCGCACGCAGCUGCCGCCGCACGACGUCGCGCCCGCUGUCAGGCAGCACGCCUCUGAUCACGAGAAGUCCGAGCAUACGGAGUACAUUACUCGCAUCAAGGAUCACGUCGUCGGUAUGGGAAACGUCGUCAGAGUAGGCCCUCUGCAAACUAGCGAAGUAUACUCCGUCGAAAACAGCAAGACUCACUCGGCUACCAAGUCUUACGCGCUUCCCUUAAAGAUUUCUAAUGUUUCCAGAGGUGUUAAAUAUAAUAUUAUUCCCAAAAACGCCUCAGACAAGAAACUCGUUUUAGACUCACAGGGUAAUAUAGUGAGCAGCGCCGCAAACCUGCCUGACUACAAGUCCAGUCCAAUACUCAGUAGGAUUGUGAAGGAUAAACUCCAAGUGAUGCGCAUCGAGUCUGACAGGAUCAAAAGUGCCGUCGAACACGGACCUGUCUAUGACAAACUUCUCAAGAACCUUAACGAUUUGAACAUGCCCGUCACAAAUGACGUCUACCUGCAGCCAAUCCAGCUCUUCCGUGAUGAGUACAAUAAGAACCCACAGUUCAGGGAAGAGACCAAUGAGUUCGCCAGUAAAUCACUCGGAGCUCAAAUAAUGCCAGACUUGUGGUCGUCCAGCAACAACAAUGUUUUGGGCACAGCUAAAUUACUUGACAGCAGAAUUCAAAAAGGGACUAUAUUCGCUCCUAACGGUGAAAUUUGGAGCUGGAAGCACGAGCCCACUACUCCAGAACAUAGUGGUACCAUUUGUUCCACAAAGAUUAAUCCCCAAUAUUCUACAACUACUAAACCUAUCAACCAGGUGGAACCGCAACAAACUGCACCUCUCAGGGAAUAUCUUAGAACUCACUCAGAGGAAGAGCUCCCGCCGCCCCCACUGCCCAACUACAGCACAUACCCUGGAGCAGUACCAGCAUCUCCUCCUGCCAACGAUUGGACGAACCAAUCCAAUGAUAACCUUCAAACUGCCGAUACCACCGGGUAUCCAGUUUCAGUUAAUUAUGCAGAGCAUGUCGAUCCUAUCAUCGACCAGUUAGCAGAGAUGUCUCUGAGUCCGGCUGAGAUGGAGUUCAACAGGAAACUUUACAACGAAGGAGUGCCGUGUCAACGCUGUACGAAGCCUAUGUUCGCCGGUGAGGUGGCAGUGAAGGCGGAGAGGGCAGGCCAGGAAGCGAUUUGGCAUCCACAGUGUUUCACCUGCAGUAAGUGCGGCGAAUUACUCGCGGACCUUGUGUACUUUUUCUACAAGGGCGAGAUAUACUGCGCGAGAGACCUGGCCAGCGUGUUGGAUAUUCCGCGCUGCGCGGGCUGCGACGAGUUGAUAUUCACGCGGCCGUACACCGCGGCUGAGGGGCGAGCGUUCCACGUGCAGCACUUCUGUUGCUAUCAUUGCGACGCGCCUCUGGGGGGUCAGAAGUAUGUGCCCGAUGAUAAGACGGGGCUGCCUAUAUGUCUGUCGUGUUAUGACCAGUUCCAUGCGGAGCGCUGCCGCGGCUGCGGCGGAGUGAUCGGCCCGGAGCAGCAGGGGGUCUCUUGGAGCAACAUACAUUGGCACGCCGACUGCUUCAUCUGUUCCGGACGGAUGUGCGGCAAGAGCUUGCUCAGUGGCCGUUUUGUAGUCAAGCAAGAGAUGCCAUUCUGUAGCGUGCCAUGUGUUCAAAGCAGAAUUAAAUAAAUAUUAAAUGUGAAGGAAAGUUACGACAAAACAACGUUUAUUAGAGGCAUACUUUUAAAAUACUGGUGUCUGUUGUAUUCCAUAGUUAUAGUUAUUUAUCUAUAUUAUGAGAUGAGAAAUGAUAGUAUUUUUGAUAUUCCUUUUGAGAAUAUUUCUGCAAAGAAUUUAUAUAAAGUAUUUUUCUACAUAUUUUUUGGUUAGUGUAUUCUUAUGUGCAUGAGUGAAGUUUACAUACAUAUUUGUAUUUAGUAGGUAGUCACAAAUUAUUCAAGAUUACUCUUGAUACAUUUAUAAUGUCAGUGUUAACAUAGGGACCAAAUAUGAUUAUUAGUGCUAUAGGUUAUUAAAUAAUAUAAGAUUUUGCAUUUGAAUUAGGAAUAUUGAUAUAAACACAUAAAAACUAUUGACAAGUUUUAUAUUUAAAAUUAUGUUAUGAUUAUGGAGUAAUUUGUUAUGAUGAUAGAAUACUUCAUAAGUUGUCUGCCAGAAAUGUUGUGAUAUAAUACAACUGAUAUAUUUAGAUGUUAAGUGUAAUAAGAGGUGAUAUUUUGUGGUAUUAAACUGGUACAUGACAUUCCUUGAUCGUGCCAUUUAUAGUUUGUGGCAUAUAUGGAAAAAUAAAAAUCUACAAAUCUUA